CUCAGUUUUGUCCAACCUUCAAAAAGAUGAAGAGAGUGUGGCUGCUCUUCACGAAGUUGAUGAAAAUCUUAGAGCUGCCACGUCAGCAGCAAGAAUUCCAUUAGACCAAGGGCUAGAGGCAUCUGCUGACUCUUUUGCUAUAGCGCUCUUGUGUGAAGGUGGCGAUGAUGAACAGGAGGAUGAAG